AUGGUUUUCUUCUUUCAGAAAGAUCCAGAUUACCUGAAGCUAUGGUUGGACAAUUUUGUUUCUAGCUAUGAACAAUUCUUAGAUGUUGACUUUGAAAAGCUGCCAACCAGGGUGGAUGAUGUGCCUCCAGGAAUAUCUCUGCUUCCGGAUAAUAUUCUGCAGGUUCUGAGGAUCCAGUUGCUACAGUGUGUUCAGAAAAUGGCAGAUGGGUUAGAAGAACAGCAACAAGCCUUGUCAAUUUUGCUUGUCAAGUUCUUCAUUAUUCUAUGCAGGUAUCUGUUAAAAAGCAAAAAAAAAGAGAAAGAAAUGGCAGAUCAGACAUCUAUUGAAGAAUUUGUGAUUCAUUCAUUGGCAUUUUGUGAAAGUUUAUAUGAUCCAUAUCGGAAUUGGAGACACAGAAUUUCAGGGGGAGUACAUAAAAUUUGGAUCAAGUGGAGACUUGGAGCAGAAGUAAAGGGAAGUGGUAGUCGUGGGAGCCAAUGUUUUCAGGAAAGUGAACAUCUCAAAGAAAGUCUUAAGUGUUGCUUAUUGCAUCUUUUUGGAGCCAUUGUAGCUGGUGGACAGAGGAAUGCUUUGCAAGCAAUUUCUCCAGCCACCAUGGAAGUUCUUAUGCGAGUUUUAGCAGAUUGUGAUUCUUGGGAGGACGGAGAUCCUGAAGAAGUGGGUAGGAAGGUAGAACUAACUCUCAAGUGCCUUACCGAAGUGGUACAUAUCCUUCUCAGUAGCAGCUCUGACCAGCGUCAAGUGGAAACCAGUACUAUUCUGGAGAACUAUUUUAAAUUGCUAAAUUCAGAUCAUUCACCUUUACCUAAUCAAAGAAGGUCCAGACAGUGGGAAAGCCGAUUCAUAGCUCUACAGAUCAAAAUGCUGAAUACCAUCACAGCCAUGUUAGAUUGCACAGACAGGCCUGUUCUUCAGGCCAUUUUUCUGAACAGUAAUUGCUUUGAACAUCUCUUACGACUGCUACAGAACUGCAAGGCAUUUCAGGGACAGUUGGAUUGUUUGGCUGUAUCAACGAUUCAGGCUUUGACAGCAGUAAUGAACAAGUCUCCAGCUGCUAAGGAAGUAUUUAAAGAAAGAAUUGGUUACACACAUAUGUUUGAAGUAUUAAAAUCCCUGGGUCAGCCACCACUGGAACUACUUAAAGAACUUAUGAAUAUGGCUGUAGAGGGUGACCACACUUCAGUUGGGAUUUUGGGCAUUAGUAAUGUCCAGCCUCUCUUGCUUCUUAUCCAGUGGCUUCCAGAACUAGAAUCCCAUGAUCUGCAAAUCUUCAUCUCUGAUUGGCUAAAAAGAAUUUGUUGUCUUAAUAGGCAGAGUCGGACUAUUUGUGUCAAUGCAAACAUGGGAAUUAGAAUCAUUGAAACACUUGACUCCCAUUCUUUCCUCCAUCGAACUUGUGCUGAGAACUUGAUUGCAAUCCAUGGUUCCUUGGGGAGUCAUUCAGUGAGCUCAGAAGAAAUCCGUCGACUACUACGAUUGCUGAGAGUGGAUGAAUCUGAAUAUAUUCACCCUUACAUCACUCCUGUGACUCGAGCAAUCCUGACAAUGGCCCGAAAACUAAGUUUAGAGAGUGCACUGCAGUAUUUUAAUUUGUCACAUAGUAUGGCAGGAAUUUCUGUGCCUCCCAUACAGAAAUGGCCAGGAUCUGCCUUUUCUUUUAAUGCUUGGUUUUGCUUGGAUCAGGAUCAGUUAUUUCUUGGCAUUGCUAACAAAGGAGGAAAAAGAAAACAAUUGUACAGCUUUUUUACAGGAAGUGGCAUGGGUUUUGAAGCUUUUAUUACCCAUUCAGGUAUGUUGGUCGUGGCAGUGUGCACAAAAAGAGAAUAUGCAACAGUUAUGCUUCCUGACCACAGUUUCUGUGAUUCCCUCUGGCACAACAUAACCAUUGUUCACAUGCCUGGAAAAAGGCCCUUUGGUCAGAGCCUUGUCUAUAUCUAUGAUAAUGGACAACAGAAGGUUUCUGCACCUCUCAGAUUUCCUGCCAUGAAUGAACCUUUUACUUCAUGUUGUAUUGGUUCAGCUGGACAAAGAACCACCACUCCUCCACCAUCCCAAAUCCCAGAUCCACCUUUUUCUUCUCCCAUUACCCCUCAUCGGACAUCAUUUGGUGGAAUUCUUUCAUCAGCCUCCUGGGGAGGAACAAUCGAAAAAUCAAAAUUGAUUACCAAAUUGAUAUCAGCUGGAACCCAAGACAGUGAAUGGGGAUGUCCCACAUCUCUGGAGGGUCAGCUAGGGUCUGUUAUCAUCUUCUAUGAAGCACUACAGCCUUCUCAGGUGAAGGCGUUAUAUUUAGCAGGUCCAAAUUGUUUAAGCCCUUGGAAAUAUCAAGAGUCUGAUAUGGCUGACCUGCCUGGUAAUGUCCUUCUUCACUAUACAGCAAAGUCCACAAAGGCAUCAGAGUCAAGACUAGAGAGAAACCUAGUUGCAACAUUUAUCUUGAUUGUGAAACAUUUUAUUCAGAGACAUCCUAUCAACCAGGACAAUCUUAUUCACUCCCAUGGAGUCGCGAUUCUUGGUGCCUUACUUCAGAAGGUGAGCCAGUCUAAGAUUGUGUUGAUGAGUGGUUGUAAAUAUAAUGAGCUAUCUCUAGAUGAUAUUCGAACACUAAGGACUUCUUUGUAUGGACUAAUUAAAUAUUUUCUGUGCAAAGGUGGAACUCACGAAGAGAUACAAAGUAUUAUGGGUUACAUAGCUGCUACUAAUGAAGAAGACCAGCUCUUUGGAAUUUUGGAUAUACUCUUCAGUCUCCUACGUACCAGCCCAACUAGAGGUCAGCUUUUCUUACUGCUGUUUGAACCAGGAAAUGCUGACAUACUUUAUGCCUUGCUUUUAAAUCAGAAGUACUCCGACAGACUAAGAGAAAUCAUUUUUAAGGUGCCAAGCACCUUGAUGGAUGUUAGUGUAUUGAUGGCAGUUCAAUUACUAAUUGAACAGAUUUUACAGAUUUUGCAGUCCCAACCAGAUGCAGCACAUCAAAUAUCACAACAAGUGGGUUGGCAAGACACCUUAGUUAGGCUUUUUUUAAAAGCAAAUUUUGAAAAUGGAAAUACUCUUCAUAAGCACAGUAGGGCUGUUUUAAUGAAAGACAAUAAUAAAAAUAUAUCAACUGAAGAUUUUAAGAGGAACUUCGAUGAAAAGACAGAUGAGGAAAAAACCAACUCUUUUGCCUCAGCUAAUACGUCUUCAGAUCAGUGGAGUUUGGAAGACAAACACUCUUUAGACUCAAACACACUGUUAUUUCAAGAAGAUAGCUCUGUAGGAGAAUUGUCUUUCAAAUCAGAGAAUCAAGAAGAAUUCUGGCAUAGUAACCCUUCACAUCUGAGUUUAGAUCUCAGUGGAAUUGACUCACGUGAAAUGAGUGAUAGUGGAAGUCAAAUGCCAGACAGCCUGCCUAGUACACCAUCACCAAUAGAGUCUAGUAAGUCAUUUUCCGUGCAGUCUGACAAAGAAAGCAGCAUCACAAAUGAUAUGGGCUUUAGUGAUGACUUCUCUUUACUUGAAAGCCAAGAGAGAUGUGAAGAGGAGCUUCUUCAAUUACUGACAAAUAUUUUGAAUCAUGUAAUGUGUAAGGGACUGGAAAAGUCUGAUGAUGAUACUUGGAUUGAACGAGGACAAGUGUUUUCAGCACUAACUAAGCCAGGAAUAUCCAGUGAGCUACUUCGACCAUCAGAUGAAAUAAAACUAACUUUGCUACAGAAGAUGUUAGAAUGGGCAGUGACAGAAAACAGAGAAGCAAAAACUAACCCAGUAACUGCUGAAAACGGCUUCCGACUCAUGCUGAUCAUACAAGACUUUCUGCAAUCCGAGGGACUAGUUAACUCAAAUAUGUGGACUGAAAAGCUUUUAGAGGAUAUGAUGCUGCUCUUUGACUGUCUGUCAGUCUGGUAUUCUGAAAGUCCAGUGUGGAUAAAACUCUCUCAAAUUCAGAUCCAGUUGCUUCUUGGAUUCAUUGCGAGGGGUAACUUGCAGGUCUGUGCAAUGGCAUCCGCUAAGCUAAACACCCUUCUUCAGACAAAAGUGAUUGAAAAUCAGGAUGAAGCAUGUUAUAUUUUAGGAAAGCUGGAACAUGUUCUAAGUCAAUCAAUCAAGCAACAGACUGAAAUCUACUCAUUUCUGAUUCCCCUUGUUCGUACCCUGGUUUCCAAAAUUUAUGAGCUUCUCUUCAUGAAUUUGCACCUGCCUUCGUUACCUUUUGCCAAUGGUAGCUCUUCAUUUUUUGAAGAUUUUCAAGAAUAUUGUAGUUCAAAUGAAUGGCAAGUUUACAUUGAAAAAUAUAUUGUGCCUUAUAUGAAGCAGUAUGAAACUCAUACAUUUUAUGAAGGUCAUGAGAACAUGGCACUUUAUUGGAAGGAUUGUUAUGAAGCCUUAAUGGUGAAUAUGCAUAAACGAGACCGGGAAGGAGGGGAAAGCAAGCUCAAAUUUCAGGAGAUUUUUGUGGAGCCAUUUAAUCGGAAAGCACGCCAAGAGAACCUGAGAUAUAAUAAUAUGCUUAAACAACUUAGCAGCCAACAGUCAGCCACUCUUAGACACUGGAAGGCAGUACAGCUCUAUCUUACAUGCGAAAGGGGACCUUGGGCUGAAAGGAAACAGAACCCAAUUCACUGGAAACUAGCUAAUGUAGAAAAUUAUUCCCGCAUGAGACUUAAACUGGUGCCGAAUUAUAAUUUCAAAACCCAUGAGGAAGCUAGCGCCUUAAGAGAUAAUCUAGGUAUCCAACAUUCACAGCCUUCCAGUGAUUCAUUGCUUUUGGAAGUUGUGAAACAAGUAAAAGUUAAUGAUAUGGAGGAGGAUAAAUUAGACCUUCCUGAGGAGGACAUAACAGCCAGAGUAAAUAUUGAUGAAAAAGAACAAGAUCAAAAAGAAAAAUUGAUAUUGAUGGAAGACUGUGAACUCAUUACAAUAAUUGAUGUUAUUCCUGGAAGAUUAGAAAUCACUACUCAACAUAUUUACUUCUAUGAUGGUAGCAUUGAAAAAGAAGAUGGAGUGGGCUUUGAUUUCAAGUGGCCUCAUUCUCAAGUUCGAGAGAUUCACCUACGGCGUUACAACUUAAGGAGAUCAGCCCUUGAGAUUUUUCAUGUUGACCAAUCCAACUACUUUCUCAAUUUUAAAAAAGAGGUUAGAAACAAAGUAUAUAGCAGACUGUUGUCACUUCAUUCUCCAAAUAGUUAUGGAAGCAGAUCACCACAGGAGUUAUUCAAGGCAUCAGGAUUGACACAGAUUUUAUACACACUAAUUCAGAAGUCACCAUUGAGACAAUUAUGCAUAUAUGAAAAUUUUGAGGAUCCUAUGGGAACUAUUGAUAAGUUUCAUUAUGGUACUCACUAUUCAAAUUCUGCGGGCGUCAUGCACUAUCUCAUCCGUGUAGAACCAUUCACCACCCUCCAUAUCCAGCUUCAGAGUGGAAGGUUUGACUGCGCAGAUAGACAGUUCCAUUCCAUCCCGGCUACCUGGCAAGCUCUUAUGGAUAAUCCAUAUGAUGUGAAAGAACUUAUUCCUGAAUUCUUCUAUUUCCCCGAAUUUUUAGAAAAUCAAAAUGAAUUUAACUUGGGUCAUCUACAAGUUUCCAAAGAAGUAGUAAAUGAUGUCAUUCUCCCGAAAUGGGCUAAGUCAGCUGAAGACUUCAUCUAUAAACAUAGGAAAGCUCUGGAGUCUGAAUAUGUUUCUGCUCAUCUUCAUGAAUGGAUAGAUCUGAUUUUUGGCUAUAAACAGAGGGGGCCAGCUGCAGUGGAGGCACUCAAUGUUUUCUAUUAUUGCAGUUAUGAAGGAGCUGUGGAUCUAGAUGCCUUAACAGAUGAGAAGGAAAGAAAAGCUUUAGAAGGGAUGAUUAAUAAUUUUGGGCAAACACCUUGUCAGCUAUUAAAGGAACCACACCCUCCUAGAUUAUCAGCAGAGGAAGCAGUACAGAAGCAGACCAAAACAGACACUUCAACCCUAAACCUAUUUCAACAUCUUCCUGAACUCAAGUCAUUUUUCAUAGAGGGAAUCAGUGAUGGUAUUCCACUACUAAAGGCCAUUGUCCCCAAAAAUCAGUCUCGUUCUUUUAUGUCUCAAGGCAGCCCUGAGUUACUGAUAACAGUAAGCAUGAAUUAUGUUAUUGGAACUCAUGGAUGGCUCCCUUAUGACAGAAACAUUUCUAAUUACUUUACAUUCAUCAAGGAUCAAACUGUGACAAAUCCAAAAACUCAGCGUAGUAUGAAUGGUCCUUUUGCUCCAGGGCUGGAAGUUACCUCUAAGCUAUUUGUAGUAUCACACGAUGCAAAGUUGCUCUUCAGUGCUGGACAUUGGGAUAAUAGCAUUCAAGUAAUGUCACUUACAAAAGGCAAAAUUAUCUCACACAAUAUCAGACAUAUGGAUAUUGUGACUUGCUUAGCUACAGAUUACUGUGGAAUGCAUUUGAUUUCUGGUUCCAGAGAUACUACAUGUAUGAUAUGGCAAAUAACACAACAGGGAGGUGUUCCUCUGGGCUUAGCCUCUAAACCUUUUCAGAUUCUUUAUGGACACACCAAUGAGGUAUUGAGCGUCGGCAUCAGCACCGAGCUAGACAUAGCAGUGUCAGGAUCAAGGGAUGGAACUGUGAUUAUACAUACCAUUCAGAAAGGUCAGUACAUGAGGACCUUACGACCACCUUGUGAGAGUUCUCUCUUCCUGGCCAUUCCCAAUUUGGCUAUAUCUUGGGAAGGACAUAUUGUCAUCUACUCCAGCAUUGAAGAAAAGACUACCCUCAAGGAUAAGAAUGCAUUGCAUCUGUUUUCUAUAAAUGGCAAGUAUCUAGGGUCUCAAGUCCUGAAGGAACAAAUAUCAGAUAUGUGUAUAAUUGGAGAACACAUUGUCACAGGCAGCUUACAAGGAUUCCUGUCUAUAAGAGAUCUCCACAGUUUGAAUCUCAGCAUCAGCCCAUUAGCCAUGCGAUUGCCUAUCCACUGUGUUUGUGUAACCAAAGAACACAGCCAUAUUCUUGUAGGUUUAGAAGAUGGCAAAUUGAUUGUAGUGGGUGUUGGCAAGCCAGCUGAGAUGCGUUCAGGUCAGCUUUCUCGAAAAUUGUGGGGAUCUAGCAAGCGGCUCAGCCAGAUUUCAGCUGGAGAAACUGAAUAUAAUACUCAAGAUUUCCAAUCCAGAAUAACAAGAAAACAAAAUGAACAUUAACCUAUAUCUAUUAGCACCAUUUAUUCACUGUACUACCUGUUAUUGAAGAUACUUCAUUAGAAUUGGAAACUUCCUGUAUUAGUUCAUCUGGUAAGAUUUCUCAGUCACUGGAUAAUUAAAGCCAGGUUAUUUACAAGCUUAAUUAAGACUGCCCUGCUUUGUAAAGCAGGUCUGUAACACCAUGUCAGACAUCAAAUAAAUGUGUUUAUUUCAUACAAUGA